GCGCAUAUACUCUUUUUUACUUCUAAUCAAACUCCCAAAAUUCAAUCUCUACGUAGACUUAUUUUUAGACAGAUCGCCUCUCUGGCCUUUCCAUAGUUGGCAUGCCGGGUGUUGGAAAGACAACAGUAGCUAGAUCAAUAUUUGUGAGGGCAAGGGAAAAUCACCCCUCCAGUCUGGUGGCCUGGGUGCCGGUACGUAAGGAUCUUCAAGAAGAGAUGAUUUUAGGACAGAUGUUGGAAUAUCUUGAUAGCCAUGCUGCUGGAAUGACAGAUAUCGAUCCAAUACUUUCUCAUCUUAAACCAAUGUUAGAAAAUAAAAAAAUUCUUCUCAUCCUUGAUGGUUUAUGGAAUGAAGAACAUGCUCGGGGGUUGAAAGAGUUCAUCUGUCAUCUGCCACGAUGCUUCGCAACUGCUAGGAUCUCUGUUGUCAUAACAACUAGUAAUAAAGAGGUAGCUUCACUAAUGAUGGACGCAAUUCCUUGGCACAAGUAUGAAUUGCAAAAGCUAUCAGAUGAAGACUGCUGGCUGAUAAUGGAGGACAAUGUUCUCAGAUCGCCCAACAGAACUUCAAUAGAAGAUCCACAGUUGUUGCUUAUUGGAAAAGAUAUUGCAAAACAGUGUGGGGGUUUGCCAUUAGUUGCAGCUGUCUUUGGCAAACACUUGGGCGCUCAUAUUGGGGUAAAUGAGUGGUCAGCUAUCAGAGAUAAUAAAUCAUGGCGUGCAUCACAUAGAUGGGAGAUUCUGUCUCAACUGCAAAAAAGUUAUGAUCACUUGCCUCCACAUUUGAAAAAAUGCUUUUCCUUCUGUUCAAUUUUUCCAAAAAAUUGUAAAAUUAGUAGAGAUGAAUUAGUUCAGCAUUGGAUGGCUAAUGGGUUUCUUUCCAAAUCUAAUGACAGCAAAUCAGAUAAAGAAGAAGAUGUUGGUAACAAUUACUUCAAUGAUUUGGUAUCCAAUUAUUUAUUGGAAGCCAUGGAUAUGGAUGAGUGUGGGAAUAUAAAGUUUUGCAAGAUGCAUGAUGAGGUGCAUAAUCUUGCAUUGCUUUCAGCAAAAUAUGAAACAUAUAUUUGGCCAGAUGCCUAUCCUGUUGAGGAGAGUGUUCGGCAUAUGAGGGUUCAGUCUGAUCAAAACCUUCAAGCUGUUCCAGAAGGUAUUGCUCAAAGGUUGCACUCUUUGUUCUUGGAUGUUAAUGUUUCGCACAUGAUGCCUAAGAAGUUCAGAAGUUUGCAAUCUUUAAAGCUAGCAGCUGCCGAUGCAAAUGAUUUGGAAUCUGCUCUUGGAAGAUUGAAAUAUUACAUGAAAUACCUUGACAUAUCAGGAAGUGCAAUUGAAAGACUACCAAAAUCUGUCACCAAACUCUACAAUUUGCAGACUUUGAGAUUCACGGACUGCAAUUCAUUGGAAACGCUCCCAAGUGGUAUUGAAAAUCUAGUCGGCUUGAGGCAUAUUUAUUUUGAUGAUGAAAGGCAUGUGCCAAGUAGCAUUGGGAAAUUAACUUCUCUUCAGACUUUACCGCUAUUUGUUCUUGAGCUAGUACCUCAAUCAGAAGCUAGAGAAGCAAGACUUGAAGAUAAAGGAGAAUUGAUCAAGUUGCAAUUUGUAUGGAGUGAAAACAGAGCCAACAGUGACAAAGAUAUGGUUGUUCUGGAAGGUCUUCAACCUCACUCAAAUUUGAAAAGCUUAACCAUUAAGAAGUAUAGGGGAGGCAACUGCCCUUCAUGGAUGAUGAAUUUGGAACAGCUUGUGAAGUUGAAAUUGAUUGAUUGUGAUGAAUGUGGUGAUAUUUCAUGCCUUGAACUCUUACCUAAGCUUGAGGUUCUCAAUACAAAGGCAAUGCCAAAUGUGAAGAGGAUAGGCAGAAUGUCUUAUCAUCAAAGUAGCAGCAUGGCAAGCAGCAGCCCAGGAGGGGGACAAUUGAUAAAACCAUUUCCAGCUUUGAGAAAACUCAAGUUAAGUAACAUGAAACAGCUGGAGGAAUGGACAGGGGCACAAGGCAUGGUUGUGUUUCCUUGCCUUCAGGAGUUGCAUAUUCAGGACUGUCCAGAGCUGAAAACAUGGUGGGCAAGCAGCAGCGAAGGUGGAGGAGAACCAAUCCUACCAUUUCCAGAUUUGAAAAAACUUACUUUAAGCAACAAGACAAAACUGGAGAUCAUGCUCUAUACAUUGUGGGAAGAUGGAUCUGCAUCUCCAAGUCUCUCUAUACUGGGCAUACAAUCAUGUCCGAACUUGCAGGCUAUCCCAAUUGGGCUGUCAAACUUAACAUCUCUUGAUAUAAACAAUUGUCCCAAAUUAAUGGGGUAUGCUCAAGAAGGCAGCCCUGAAUGGUCAUCCAUUUGCCACACGCCUAGUAUCAGAAUCAAUGGGCAGAUAGUGCGAUCCAAAAGAUCUUCAUUUUUCAAAGUGCCCUUUGGAGACAGCAGCGGAUACGAAGAUUCAGAUUGAGGAUUGAAGAAAGGAAUAUAUGCCAUACGAACUUUAUUUUACUGAGACAAAGAAGAAAAGAAGUCUCUUCCUAUCAACUUCUGCUUCUCAUUGGCCUUAGGAACGAUCAAAAUAUUCAAUUUUGAUGGAAUGGAAGGUUUGUUGGAAUUGGUUGAGAGACCUCUUCUUCUCCAGGAGCUGAGAACUGGGUUUUGCACUAAUUUGAUGCGUCUACUUCUGCCGGCCCAUGCACCCAAUGCCUCUACAACAAACUAACAAUCAAGGGUCUAGGUUCAUGAUUCUUAUGAUCGUUCCAAUCAGAGGAAAGAUGCAUGUGAGGGAGCAUUGGUGAAUGGUCCAAUGUUUUCCUGAAUCCAAGAAUGACUGGUCUUGAGAAGGUGCAUGUCGUCCCUAAUUGAAGCGUCAGGGCAUGAACUUACUGAUGAUGGAGAUCUCUUCUAGCAUCUGGUUGUAGAAGUAGAAUCAAAUAUAUAUUUAUAUAUAUCCGAGCAAAAUGUUCCCACCCUGCAAUUCUAUGAUUUUAUCGGAGUUCAUAAAUAAAACUGGUCAUCUUGAUUCCUCUCUAAAGGACUUUUGCAAAAAGCAUCGAGUGAUAUUGAAGCCCUGAUAAUGCUAGAAUUCUUUU